AUGUCAACCAUCGCAGCUGAAGAAAAUCUGGACCAACUCCUCCCAACAACCCCUAUUCCCGUUGCAAGCACGAAGUGCAACAGCCAGGUUCUUCGAAGGAUUAUGCUUGAGAAUAUGACGUCGAAUUCGUCUGAAUCAAAACGAAAAAUCAAUGUGGCAGCUGAAGCGCGAUUCGGUGGCAAUGUGGAUGUAAUCUGUUCACGUGGACACUUCUCUUAUGUCUUCUCGUCCAAUCUGUAUUGUGAAGCUGCCAAGGAUCUCGUUACAUGUAUCGCUUUCCGACAAACGGCCACAGCUUGA